AUGGAUUCUAAGGGGAAGAACAGGUUCACAAUCUCAGACUACGUUUACGAUGAAGAAGAGACUCGAGCAGAGUCGAGCCAACAGGGGGCAGCAUUAGCAGCACUCGCCCAAACCAAACACCAUCCUAUAGAAGAGAAGCAGCAGCGCGGGGCGCUCAGACUCCAUCGUCCACAAGUAUCCCCUGCUAUUGAAGCAUAUUCGAAUCCUCUCUCUCCCCAACGCUCCAUCGCCCGCUCCUACUCUACCGAUUCGAACGAGAUGUCCGAGACAAGAUCAGACGAAAACAUGCUCCAGCCUCAGCGGUCAAUAUCACCACCACCUCCCCCGCAGGCCGGACCAGGGAUGAUGGAGAUGUUGGCGCCCCGGUCACCAAUGUCACCAAAUUCCUUCCAUUCGGCUCAGUCGAAUGUUGCCCCCCGCUCGCCACACUCGCCGUAUUCACCUACAUUACCGUACAGAGUGGAUAUGGAAGCGGGCGGUAUAGACCUGGGAGACCACCGAUCGGAGAGGCUUUCGAUUGAGAGCGACAGGAUAUCAGAGAAGAGAGACAGCAUGGUGGGAAAUAAAGAAUCAUGGGCGGCUGUGGAUCUGUCACACUCCCAAGCGCAAAUCAAAAAGAAGCAGUGGUAUCACAAAAUUAUACCCGGGACAGUCUAUACGAGAAUCCUCCUGGCGACCAUCAUUACAGAGACUGUAAUCGACUUGACCAUAGAAGCAAAUAUCCUCUAUAGGUUCAACGAAGAAGUCAAAUCAAGUUCGUCGACCGAGCUUGAGUUGGAAAACAAGCGCCGGUUGCCUGUCUACCUCAUCAUCUUUGGUCUCGCCCAUCUCUGGCAACUCGUCCUCGUCUCCAUCGCCAUCCGCAGGAAGAACACCGUCCAGGUCAUUGCUGUUACCGCCUUCAACUUUGCAUUUCUCGGCUACGCCAUCAUUCAGAUCUACGAACUGCGCAAAAUCCUUGGCGGAACCAGUCUAUCUGAAGCCUUGAAAGGGGACGACACUGGGUCAACGCUGAUGACUAUCCCCUUGAAUGUGUUGACGGCGUUGAUCAUUGCGGUGGUGGCGGUGUCUUCAGUCGUGCUGUUGGUCCUCUCUGUAUUGCUGCGUCGAGAAUUUGGCUGGCAACGCUACCGCUUCCUGGGCGCCGACCUCAUGAUCCGUGAAUACUACUUCAAGUUUCAGAUCUUUGAGUGUAUCUGUUAUUUCGGUGCCUUCUUCUGUGCUGGUUUCGGCAUUCAGUUCAUCUGGCUUGUACUGAACCCGAGUGAUGUCGAGUAUAUCAUCACGUGGAUUGCGUUUCCGCUGUUGAUCAUAUUUUUGGUCAUUGGACGAUACGCCGCCAAGUAUGAGAAUGUUUACUUCAUGUCUGCUUUCAUCGUCGGUCUCCUCACCGGAUGCGCCUACUUCGUCUUCAAGCUCGUUCGUAUCUGGCAGCAACGGACCACAACCUACGAAAACCUGGAGAAGAGUUUAACCGUGUUUGACGCACUGAGUCUGGCUUCUUUGAUCUCUUGUGCAAUUUGGGGCGGGAUGGUAUGGUGGAACUUCGGAAGGGGGUUGAAGCACGCUGUCUUGGCUAGGCCAGGGGCGAGAACGUUCUGGGGCGGUGUUGUUGGUUUCUUCUCCAACGACAGUGUAGAAACUUUACAAAGCAAGGAACAAGAUAUCAAGCGUGCCUCCGAUGCCGGUCGCGAAAGUCAAAGUGUCCCGGAAGAACCGACAGUCAAGGAUGUUUACGAUGUGUCAAUGCUGGAGUGGCCUGUUGUGUAUCUUAUCGGCCCGAGUGUACUCAAGCUGUCUGAGGAAGCAAGGGCCGGUAUCAGAGAAAAGUACGCAGCCAGGUCUCAGCACGUUUCAACCGGGGACAAGAGAAAGAGAACCGACGAAGAAGAUAAUAUCGGUUCUUCUGGUAGCCACGACACGAGAAAGGGCGAAGUUGCCGGAAGACCCAAUCCUUUGGCCUCUAAUCUGCAUGCCAAACCCGCCAACCGAAAUCCCCUAGACCUUGGAAGACUUCCGACCUCAUCUGUCAGGGUCAACUCGGAAACGCAGGCGGCCAUAGGACCCACGUCUAAUCGGACAACUUCUAUCGCCAGGCUCUUUACACCGAAACGGACCGAUAGGACGAAACAAUCUGGACUUUCCUUGUAUCGAGAUGAUCCAAUUACCUGUGGAUACUUGACGGAAGCAAUGGCGAAGGACCUUUUCGCAUUCUUCAUGCAGAGACUGGCGGAUAGACUAUUCAUAUUUGAUGUCUUCUUGCAUACAUACGAGUAUGUUCGGGACUCGUCGACCUUCCUGUUCUGUGCUAUUCUAGCCACAGCGGCGAGGUUCUCUCCGGUCACAAUAAGUCAAGUGACUCAGCAAAGGUGUCUGGCGCUGGCCAAAGAUCAUAUGCUCAAGGUCUUCUCCGAUAACGACAAGACAGAGGAGACGAUACAAGCCCUGUACAUUUUGACCGAGUACAAAGACAAUGAAGACGAAGACGGGUAUCUGCUGUUGGGAAUGGCCUGUCGUAUCGCGCUUGACAUCGGCCUGUCACAACCACGGCCAGAACUCAGUGAAAGAGAGAACCGCAGUAGAACUCGGAUCUGGCUUGUCCUUUACUGUGCUGAUCGCAGGUUCAACUAUUGCGGGCAGACAGCCAAACCCUGCAUGAUGCCCGAGAACGAAUCUGUGUGCGCUUGCAAAGAUUUUGUCAAAUCACAUCUCUGUCUGGCAAUAGAUCAUCGGAUAGCCGACAAUGUUGCCUUGCGACGUCAACUAGCCGCCCAAAUCGAAGCAAUCGACGCCGAUGUGGACUGUCAUCUCGAUUUACGUCAGGAGUACUACACCAUGGAAGAAAAGGCCACAGAAUGGGAAGCGGACCAGAUUUCCACAGAACCUGACACGCCCCACCAUGCUCAUUUAGCCGCCUUAUUGGCAAGAGUCGUGAUUGCCCAUCGAUGGGUGCAUCGCUCAUUUCGUGAUGACAGUUCUUCAAGGAACUUUGACGCUCGGGAGAAAGAGAGGAGAGAGGCUUUGGCAGUAUGUAUACAAGGGAGCCUGGGAAUACUCGAGACUUUGAGGCAGAUUUCGCUGGAUACUUUGCGCUACGGCUCCGAUUCCAAACACUUGUACUUUGCCUACGGCUCGUUCUUUCUGCAGAAAGUUUUUGACACGCAAAUUGCGGUCAUCAUGCUUGAUCGCCCCUCGAUCGCCUACAUCUUGACACUGCUUCAAGAAUGCUCACAAAGACUGGAGGAAGCAUCAGCAUACCCCGCAUCCACCGCCGCCUUCCAUGCAUCAUUUCUGCGACAUCUCAUGGCGAGUUGCGAGCAGGUCAUGCAGCAAGUGACAGACUUGGCAAGCGAUCUCUCGACCACAUCGGGUCAUACCUCUCAGGUGGCAGAGCCCAACGGAGAUAUCGAGCGACCACCAAUGGUAAAUACCUCAUCGAAGUAA